ACACUAUUGUUCGUGUAUAAUGGUGGUUAAGCGUGGGCUGUGCUAUGAAAAAAGUUUUGCAGAACUACUAAAUUUCGAAACAAAAAGAUAAGAUGAAUGACACAGAGAAAACUGGAGAUAUGUCUGUAAAGAACAUUUUUAAGGAUGAAACUUUAAGAAAUGCAGAAAAUAAAAGGUUUUGUGAUACCUCUAAAAACAAAAUGUCAAAAACGAAUGAAGGCCCUAGGAUGGGUCUUCGUCCUCGCCAGAAAAGGAAGCUUACUGUUCCACAAAAGAUACUGAAUGAUCUUUCGGAUAAUGAAGAUGCCCCAGCCAACUCCUGUAGAAUUAAAUCUAAGACUAAAUUUUCAAAACUACAGGAUGAACAAUAUACAGAAGGAGAUUCAGACAAAAAUGACCAAUCAAAAGCAACAACAUCGAAAAAGAACAGAAGAUGUCAAUGUCAGAUUUGUGGAAAGUGGCUCUCAAACCCAAUUAAGUUGUCUCAUCAUCUUCGAAUACAUAGCGGUGAGAAGAAAUUUAAAUGUGAAGUGUGUGGAAAAGCUUUCCGUUGGGAGUAUUCUUGGAAAAGCCAUUUAUUAAGCCAUAGUGAAGAUAACCCUUACCAGUGUGAACAGUGUGGUGUUAAAGUAACCAGCAAAGGGGCCCUAAAUAACCAUAUCUUACGUGUUCAUAGUAACCCAGACAGAAACUUUGAAUGUGAAAAAUGCAGAAAGCGGUUCCUAUCGAACUCUGAGCUUCAGCAGCAUUUGUUCCGUCACACCAGUAAUAAACCGUUUAUGUGUGAGUUCUGUGGAAAUUCUUUUCGUUCCAAAGGUAGUAUGGAAGUUCACUACCGUACACAUACUGGAGAAAGGCCGUUUGAAUGUGAGUUCUGCAAGAAAACAUUCGCUUAUAAAAAUUCUCUUGUUGGUCACAUUAGGAUCCACACUGGGGAACGCCCUUUUCAGUGUAACUAUUGUGGAAAACAGUAUCGAAUGAAGCAUGAGCUGACCAGUCACAUGAUUGUACAUAGUGAUAUCCGGCCAUAUAAGUGUGACCAGUGUGAGAAGACUUUUCGGUCAAAAACUAAUUUUAAAAUGCACAAGGACUUCCAUAAAGGGAUAAAGCCUCAUGUAUGUGAAAUAUGUGGAAGGUCAUUUCUGUCCAGAGGAAAUAUGGGAAAACACGUUCGUCGACACCGCGGAGAGCGACCUCAUUCUUGUGAAAAAUGUGGCAAAGCAUUUUUUGAAAAGCAGGAACUUAAAAACCACAUGAAGACUCAUGCAGAUGGAAAAAAAUCUCGUCCAAGGAAAAGAUGUCCUUCUGUAACAUCCAGUAGAAGCAGCAAGUCUCUGGAUGUUUUUCAACAUGAAAAAGAUCCCAAGAUAUCUUCAGACCUUCAACAGGAACCAUUUAAUGUUGUUCUUUCAACCCAACCUAAUGUGACCAUCCAUCACAGUCAUUUCCCUCAGACACAAGAUGGCGAAAGCCACUUUCCAUCAGAUCAUGGACAAGAAUCUCAAAUAAUCAGCCACCAUGAAGGAAAUCUUCAACAGUUUCAUACAAAUAGCCAUGAACCUUCAAGUCUUCUAGAAAAACGCACUGUACCUGUGCAUAGUGGUUCUUUUACUGCAGAGUCGCAUUUUGUUUCUAUGUUGCCAAGACCAAAUUCUGAAAGUCAAGUGAACAACCAUUCCUCACCUUUGGAUCCUAAUACCCUGGAAAAUCAUCACGUGAUUAGUGUUUCAGACACUCACAUGCCUUCUCUUCCUACUCAGUACUCUCUAUCAAGACCUCCAAUUCCAAUACAAAACCAAGCCAGUGGAAUAUCUACAUCAGUCCUGCCAGCUACUCGGGAAGAACAACACGAAAUUCAAGUUCCACCUGGAAAUUCUCUUCAAAUUCUUGUCGUCAGCCAAGGAGAUCAGCGAAAUCUGCAAGGAAACCACAUACCUGUUCUAAAUGUUCACAGCAACCGUUUACAGGAUCUCCAAGUGAGUGAAUUUCACCAGUUGACUCUUGAUAAAACAACCAAUUCUAUGUUAGAGAUUCCUGUAGGUCACAACAUACCUAUUCCAGUGUCCUUAAUAGAAGCUGACAGACACCAAACUGAAUUUCUGCAGCUUCCAAACAGAGAUCAAAGUUUACAUCGCAUGGCUCGACCGGCUGAUAUGGUAAAUCCUAACUCUUUUCAGAAUUUGACCCCACCAAGCAUACUUGGUUAUGAUAAUCCUCAAGCUAUGUUUGUAGAGGAAUAUGAGAAUUCAAAUGUUCUGACUCAGGAAGUGUUUUUUAAGUGCAAGUUUUGUAGAAAUGUGUAUUCAUCACAAGCAGGUGUAAAGCGCCAUCUAGUGGAGUACCACAGAUUUGAACCUGAUCGUGUCCACGAGUUUGUUACUUGAAAAACAGUAGUUAAUGCCUGACUGAGGUCUGUCAUAGUUUUUACCAUCAUAUUCAAAUGAAAGAGUCCAAUUUCUUUGUUCAUUAAGUUUCCAUGGGUGUAAUCUCGAUUUAUACACUUAUUGUUGUUGUUGCAAGAGCCAGUAUUUUUGUUACAGUUAGUAUAUUUUGGUGCUUUUUAUGUUAUUGAAUUUGCUAUGCCAGUCUGUUCUACAUUUCUGUGAACAGUAUUAAAUAAUUAAUAUCCAAAGCUGUGGACGACUUUGUUCAAGUAAAGUAAAUGUGCUGAAAUAUGAAAGUUACUAAAACUUUCAAGCUACAUUGUUUGGUAAAGAGCUUGUAUAGAAAACUGGUGUAUUCUUAAGUUCAGUAUGAUAUGGAAGUUCUGGGUUUUUCAUAUAUGCAAGCAAAGUUUUGAAUAUAGUGGUUUUAAAACAUGUUCAGGCUGACUAAGAAUAUCAAUAUGAAAAUAAAAUAUUAGCAGAUAUGCAAAUGUUUAAAUAUAAAACCUGUUGUGUACAUAUAUCUAGGUAUACAUAAUUACUUUAAAAUAGGAACACUUAAAAUGUAUCUUGGACUGAAGUAUGUUUCAUAUUUAUUGGUUCAUAAAAUAAUUAGACAAUGGGGUGAAGUUUGAUUUUAAUUUCAUUUUGGUGUAAUUAGUGACUGGGAUUUACUGCUCAAGUGCAAAGUUGAGGUGCAGAUAGUAAUUGUAAAUCUAGUAAUGAACAGCAGAUGAAACUACUGAAAAUACUUAUCAAACAAGUAAGCAUCUCCAGGGCAUGUAAAUCAAAAUAAACUGUAAUCACAAAGUUCAAAUGUCAUCGUUACUACUGGUAUUGACAGAAGAGGGCAGCUUAUCCUAAUCAGUAAUCAUCCAAAAUAAAAUUAAAAUCAGACUUCACCUUACAGAUAGGUCUGGUAUAACUUAUAAAUAAUUUCUGUUUCAUCAUAUCCAUUUCUGGUAUUAUCUGAGAGUUGAAAGUACACAGAUCAGCUAAGCUACGAACAAAUAAACAGAUUGUACUGAUAUGAACAUAACAAAGAACCAAACACAUUUAACUCAAAACAUUAUUAAAUUGAUCUGAUAGGUUGGUUAUAGUGUUUCAGUCACUCAUCUGUGUUUUGAACAUGCUCUAACAGUACCAAUGUGCUUUAGGCUGUGGAAGAUCAACAUGAGAAUUCUACAACACAGUACCAAAUCAUCAGCUUGCUGU